GAAUCACACACACAACCAUAUAAUUUCUCCAAGAGUCGACGUCGUCGUCGACGCUCAUGCUUGGGAGCAGCGACUGCAGCUAAGCUAUAGCAGCAUCAAACCGAAACAGCAAUACAAACAGCAAAUUGUUUCGCUUGGAAUCGCGAGCAAAGAGGGUCGAGCGUUCGCUGUGCUAAACGUCGUCGCCUCGCUACGAUUCAUAUACAAUUAAAAAAUGUUUUUUAAUUAAAGGCAGCGAUAAGUAGCAGCUGCAGCGAAAUGCUAUAAUCUAACCGGGUCAGAACGGACAAUAUACGGAAUUAAAAAAGACGAGGAAGCGAAUUAAAAGUAAAACAAAUAGAAAUCUGUGUAAAUAUAGUAUAUUUUGUGAAAAAUUUGUCUUAUUUUCUGGUUGGUUAACUUUUGGGCUAGCAACGAUCCCAAAUUGCAUAACACAGUGGUAUAUGUGUAAUAAGUAUAAGUGUAAGUGAAUGUUUGAGUGUUGGUUUAUUGUCGCAUUACCUGUGGUGGAAUUAUAGAAGACAUCAAAACUCGUAAGUUGAGUUGAAUGGCGCUUGCUAGAGCAAGGAGAGGAAAUGUACAAAAUAUAUGAGGAAGGCAAGCAAACUAAAAUAUAGGAGAAGAACGACGAUGUAGAAAUCUAUAUACAAAACACAAUCUAUCUCAGUGGUAUACCAUUGUGAACCCUUUUAUUAAAAAUAGUAGUAGUUUGAGGAGGAAUAUUAGAAAGCAAUCUGUACACUGCACAUACAACAUUACCUAAACUCUGUGAACGGACAAUAAUUGGACAGCAAGCUUCGAGUGUACGCUUUAUGCUUUUCCAUUAGAUCAUAGUGACUGAGUCAAACAGUCCCACCGGCAUAAUUGGCGAUUUGUAUGUGAAAGUAGUCGUAGAAUCGUAUGAACGCUGCUUUUUUCAAACACUUGUGAUUAGCAAAAUGACCGGCAUGUUAAGCGUAACCAUGUAAAUAAUGAAUAAGUCACAAUAGUUUUGAUUUAUAUCAUGCAAACAAAGAUGAAUGGGAAACAAUAGCCAGCAUAUCUAAUUAACAUCUUGACGUUCAAAACCAGAGCCAACACAUACAUGAGCAGCAAUAAAAUAAACAAAGCCGUCGAAUUUAUUCACCACCCUAGUGUGCCCCAACAACUAUUGGCGUUGUCGUCGCUGCAGCCACCACUCUGUUCUGCGCAGGCAGAGAGUUACGAAGAGAAAAGUGCAGCGUAGUUUGUCUAAAACUACAUAAAAUCAUUAGCAAUAGAGUGGACAUAGCAGUUAAUACUGAAUUUGGCUAUUAUUCUAACUCGAUACAUCGCUUUUAAGCCCCAUAGCAAAUAGCUUGAAAUUUCAGCAAAGCAGAAAACAGGAUUUACUCAUAUAAUUUAGUCAAAUUAGAUUUAACAACGUAACCCAUCAGUAUUGUAUCAAUAAACUCAGCGAAUGUGAGCAAGAUAGAAAUUGUGUUUCGACGCGUUAAUAUUAUAUGCCAAGUGUAUGUGUGAGAGGGAGCGAGCUCAAGCGUAUCAAUUUAGUGUGGUGAAGAACAAGUGACCGAAGAACGGCAGCAGCUAAACGCCAGCAAAGCUUAACGAGUAAGCAGGUGCGUUACAUUAAUUCGUACUUUUGCAGUAUUGGCGUACUCGUUCGUGUUUGUAUGCAUGAAGUGGCGUAUUGUUUUUAACAGAAACUGUGCUGAAUUGGAGUGAGCCGACCCGCGUGAGUGUGUGCUGCGUGCUGCGUGUCUGAUUACUAGUGUCUGCCAACUGCUAAACAGAGUCAACCAACAACACAUCGUCGGUUCAUUGCAAAGUAGCAGAGCGAAGCGACAUUCAUCUUCAUCGGUUAAAUCGGUCGGGAUAUGGCCGUGUUCUUAAUAAACAUUUGCAAAUUUAAUGGAUGCGGUAUCACGUUUCCUAGUUUAGGAGAUUUAAUACAACAUAUUGAGGAUACGCAUAUCGACUAUGAUCCUAAAGUGGUCGAACAGAAAGAGCAGGCGCAGCCUGCAUGCCUGCCGUUAAGCUAUGUGCUUCGUUUUAUAUCCGAAGAUGCACGCAAGGAGGCUCCAUUCCUAUCCACCAAUACGUCGGGCGUUGAACUCAAGCGGAAGUUGGCGAUCAAACAUCACAGUUACAGUAUGUCGUCGUCAAAUCGCAGCAAUACGCCCACUGGCAGCGAAAUGGACGAUGAUGAAAUGGUUGUCUCGGAGUCUGAGGAUAGCAAUGAUUCAUGGACAACUGAAGAAUUCAGUUCUGAAUUCAUAAUGCGUUAUGGGAGCAGGCAUUCUGGUACCGGCAGUAAUGGUGCACCGGGUAAUGAGAAACCGUUUGCAUGUCCUGUGCCUGGUUGCAAAAAGCGUUAUAAGAAUGUCAACGGCAUCAAGUAUCAUUCGAAAAAUGGCCACAAAAAAGAUGGAAAAGUUCGCAAAGGCUAUAAGUGCCACUGUGGUAAAAGCUACAAGACCGCACAGGGCCUGAAGAAUCAUGCUUUAGUGGCACAUAAUUCCUCGCCGGAGAGCGUCCUGAGUACACAACAUGUGUCCAAUAUAACAACUGCCAGCAAUGGCACUGGUGUUAACAUGAGCUCAGGCAUUAUCUUGCAACGUAGCAGCUCGCCCUCGCAGUCGUUGGGAUCACUUAGUCCAUCCAGCAUCAGCAACAUGUCGAGUAGUGCCAGCAGCUGUCACGGUAGUGCCAGCAGCAACACACACAACAGCAAUAGCAAUUCUGCUGGCAAUAAUAAUGUUGGUGGCAGCAGCAACACUACAUCCGCUGUUGCCACCAGCAAUAUGUUGCAACAAUUAACAAAUGGCACACUAUCCAAUGGUAGCCCUAAUGUUGUUGCCACAACAAAUGGUGUGGGUGGUCUAGGUUUACAUCAUCACCAGCAUCACUCGCAGCAGCAACAGCAGCAGCAACAACAUCAGUUUAAUAACCAACAACAACAACCACAUUUGCAUAGCCUAGGAUCGUCGUCAGCAACAACAACAACAUCAGAACAAAUAAAUGUAAACACCUCCGCCGCCUGCAUGCCUUACAAUAAUGGGCAACUUCUCUCUGGUGCUACGCCAAUCGCCAACGCUUGUUCGAAUGUCGCUGCCUCACCAGUGGCUACCGUUGCGGUCAGCAUGAAUGGCACACCAAUUAAUACAGUGGCUAAUGCUGCUGCUUGUGGUGUCAACAGCAAUAAUAAUAACAAUAACAAUAUAAAUAUGAAUAUGAAUAUUACUAUGACGCCUAACAUCUAUGGCGCUCCGCCCAUGAUUUCACCUACUUUCAUUGAACACAAGUACUCGGCGAAUACGUUUAAAGAGAAAUUUUUGGCCAAUUUACGUGCCAAUCAAAAUGCUGUGAAUAAAUCAAAUAUGAACAACAACAAUAAUAAUAAUAAUAACUGUAGCAGUAAUAAUAACAAGAAUAUCAAUAACAAACAAUCAACAUAUAACAAUAACAACAAUAAUAAUAAUGAUAAUAAUCUAAAUAGUAAUAUAAAUGCAAAUGCAAUCGGAAAUGAUUGUGACGAUGGAGCCGGUGGUGGUACGUUAGGUCAGCUUCACACUACUAACGUCCCAACAAUUGGCGCUACCCACAGCAUUGAUGACAUUAUACAACAACAAUUUAGUGAAAACUACAAUAGAAAGAUAAUGUACCAGAAGACAAUAAAUUAAAAGCUACAUUUGGGGAGGUGAGUGCAAAUGCGGCGUUGCGUGCAAUAGGAGAAUAUGUGUUAUAUGUACUUAUGUAUGUAUAUACAUACAUAUAUAUGUAUGUAAUAAAAUGUAUGUAUGUAUGUAGAUAAUGGCAUAGUAUUUUUGGCUGUGACGGAAUAGACGAAAGUCUACAGGAAGAGAAUGCAAUGCACAGCGGCAAGAGGACAGAGAAAAAUCAUAUGGCUAACAACUAAAAUCGGCAAAGAGAGUGUGAGAAGAUCUUUUGAGGAGGCAGAGAGUUGUGCUAGAUCCGUGAUAUAUGGACAGAAAGCGCUCGUUUGCUGGACUUGAGGUUAAAUUUAUAAAAAGUAUCCUGACGCCAACUGACAGUCCUUUCAACAUUAUUACGUUAAUUAUUAAAUACAAAUUUAAAAUAUCAGUUUUCGUUGACGCCUUGAAUUCAUCAAUUACAUUUACCAUUUGACAUUAAAUAUUUUUUUAUAUAUAAGUUUUGUUUAGUUACUUUUAUGUUGGGAAUUCAAACUUUUAGAAAAUUUAAAAUGUAUAUAUUUUUUUAAUUGGAAAACUAAAUUUAUUGCUUUAUGAUCAAAUAAUAUGUUUUAAUUGAAUCGCCUUAAAAUGAACUGAAACUUGGUAAAAGAAGGUUACUUGAGGAAUGUAUAUUAAAAAAAAAAAACUCAAAAAAUCCAGAAAGCGCUUCCGACAACAAGGUGUUGGUUGAACAUAAUUUUUGGCUGGAUAUAUAAAUUAAUGUAAUAUUAUUGUAAAAAUUUUACGUGCAUUUUGGUUAUAUUGGCAUAUUUUGUUGUUGGAAAACAUUUACCAGCUAAAAUAGCAGAAAUUGGGACUACUAUUCAAACAUAAUCAGAUAACAGAAAUAAAAAGCACGUUAUUUAUUUAUCAUUUGAGUACGUAUGGAGAAAUGAUUGGCAUCAUAGAUAAUUGUAUUAAAGGUGAACAUUUUUAAAACAUUUUAGUGGCACUCGCUUUGUUGUGCUCAGUGCACAUAAAAUCCAUUGGAAAUCGCUGCACCUUUUUGGCAUUUGAUUAUACACAUUUUAAAUGCGCUCAAAAAUAAAAAGAAAAACAUUGAAA